GAUAAUCCUGCACCGGAAUUUCGACUUUUCAUCUCCAAUUGACGAAACCCUAAAUUUUUUCCAGUUCAGAAUUCGAACCUUGACGACGAUGUUGGUGGCUAAUUCCGACGUUUCUUCUUCGAUGCUGCCUCGUCCUCCGCUAAUUCCCAACUCGAUCGAAACCUUAGAUGAGAGUGAGAACGAGCCUUCUUCGCAAAUCCCGUCGAUUGAUACAAAUGUUGUUAAUGUUCAGUCGUUGGCUCUUACGUCUCCAGAUCGUGAUCGCGGUAAUCAUGAUUCGCCUCCGAGCCCAGAUGAGUAUACCUCUUCUUCUUCUUCAUCGGACGAAACCCAAUCCAUUCCUUCUCCGAUCAAUUUGGAUCACGAUGAGUUCGGCAGUGAGUCCGAACGCAUGGUAGAGUCUCAGGUUCGAAUCGAUUGUACUUGGCAAGGUCUUGACGAUACCGACGAUGUUAUCUGGGACGCCUGCCCGUCUGACGAUCCCCGGGAGAGUAACCGAGAUUGGACGCCUAAUGUUUCGCCUGGUUGUGGAAGUGAUGAUGACAACUCUAAGCAGGAAUGCACCGAAACCUUGGUGUCAGGAUUCAUGCAAAGACCUCUGAUGAUCGAUGAGCCCGUUACUGGUGUGGGUGCUGGGCUUUGGAAUUUAGGCAACACUUGUUUCCUUAAUUCGGUGCUGCAGUGUUUCACUCACACUGUGCCACUUGUCGAGAGCCUUCGUUCAUACAAAUAUCAAUUUCCCUGUAACUGUGGUAAUCCCUUCUUCUGUGUUUUAAGGGCUCUUCGAACUCACAUUGAGUUUGCACUGAGGCCUGAAAGAACGCCAAUUGCUCCGGAAUGUUUUCUUUACUAUCUUAAUUACUUUUCGCCUGACUUCCAGCGUUAUCAACAAGAAGAUGCUCAUGAGUUUCUGCAAGCAUUUUUGGAUAAGUUGGAGAGAUGUUGUUUGGAUCGAAGAAGUUAUCGCCACUUUGUCUCUUCUCAAGAUGUCAACAUUGUUGAGCAAGUCUUUGGUGGUCGUCUUAUCAGUGGGCUCCGUUGCUGCAACUGCAACUUCGUCUCUGAGACAUUUGAAAAGUCUGUUGGGUUGAGUUUGGAAAUUGAAGGCAUGAAAUCCCUUGAGGAUGCACUGGAAUCCUUUACCCGUGUGGAAAAACUUGAUGAGCAAUUGACCUGUGAUAACUGUAAUGAAAAAGUUUCAAAGGAGAAGCAACUCUUGCUUGAUACGCUUCCUCUGGUUGUCACAUUCCAUCUGAAGAGAUUCAAGAAUAAUGGAUAUUAUAUGGAGAAGAUCUUCGACCAUCUCAAGAUCCCAUUGGAGUUAGACUUGCAGCCAUAUAUGAGGAAUAUCCAGGAAAACGAUGUUCCUACAAAAUACCAUCUUUAUGCUUUUGUGGAGCAUCUCGGGAGCUCAGUAGCUCAUGGACAUUACUCGUCCUAUGUGAGGUCUGCUCCCAAGAUAUGGCAUCAAUUUGAUGACGCGAAGGUCACUAGAAUCGAAGAAGAUAGUGUGCUGUCACAGGAUUCAUAUAUUCUUUUUUAUGCACAAGAAGGAAUUCCCUGGUUUUAUAGCGUCGCUGAAGAGAUGCAGCCAUUGCUUGAAUCGAGUUUACUGAAUUCUUCGCCAAAGUCUGUGCUUGAAUCUACUAACGGGGAGUGUUUAUCAGAGAUCAAUUAUGAGAAUGUCGAUAAAACCAGCAAACCCUGCGACCCAGUGGGAGUGUCUAACCAAGAUGUCAAGAAAGAAGAAGAUUUUGUAUCCCUCUCUAACGAGCUAACAGAAGAUAUGUUUCUAUCAGCAGAGUCUUCUAGUGAAGAGGAUUCUCGGAUGCCAGAGCUUAUGGACCCGCUAGAGACUGAUGAUUCUUACAGUCCAUGGGCUGAGAAAGAACCCGAUUCUUGUUUAGCCAUUGAAAGAGCUAACACUGGUGAUGAUUUUUUCCCUCUGCUGAUGGUUGAAGAUCAGGACUCAUCCCCAAAACAGCAAGAAGGAAGUUUUCAAAUGCAGCUUAAGCAAAUGGAAGAAACCACAAAGAAGGAAGAAAAGCCUUGGAAGGAGCCAGAAUUAAUAAGCGACGCAGCAGUUUCGGAAGCAGAAGAAAUUGUUAAUGGAGACCUCGUGAAGAAGCUUUCACCUCGUGCUAGAGAUUUGUUGGAUCAAGCAGUUUCUACAAAAACUGGUUCCCCGCCCAAAAAAUUAAAAACAUGAAAAGGGAGAGACAGGGAGAGGUAUCUAAGUUGACUUUCUUGAUCGCAUAUUUAGCUUCUAGGUGUUAUAAAGAUAAUGGGGUUUAGGGGUAAUGACUUUUGAUUAGAGACUAAAUCAGGGCUUAAUUCGUUUUUUUUUCUUUUCCGGUUUUGUGCAUAGUAGUAAACUUACUACUUUGGUGUUGGUUGACUUGGUUUUCUAUUCUUGAUAAGAAGCACAGGAUUAAGAAUCUAGUAAAGUUUUAGCUUCUGUUAA